GCCCAGGAAAGCCCCAGCCAUGUCAGCCCAGGAUCAGAAGGCUGUGAAGAGAAGUGCCAAGCGCCCAAGGGCAGAUAGGACUCUCCUAUCAGAUGACUUUCAGAACCCUGAUGCAGUCGCCCCUGCAGACAAUCCAGCAGUUGACACCAGAGAGCUGAGCAGCUGUUCAUUGGGAUCAGAUGUGCAAGAGACCAGGGAGCCUGUUGAGAAGAGGGCGCAAGACUUCAAAGGUGAUUACAUUACCCGGAUCCUGGAGACAGAGAGGAAGCAGUUUGAAAAGAAUAUAAAUGCCUCUUUCAGAAGCCUGAGUGAAAACCUGCAGAAUAUUUUCAAAACCCAGCAGGAGUCAAGGAAGAAACUUCACUCACUCUACUCCAAGAUGUUUUGGCCCCUGUACCAGCAGUGGCUGGAGGAAGUGGAGAAAGCAAGGGAACAAGAAGAAAGCCUCACUCUUAUAACCAAGCAGCAAAUGAAGAUUUUAGAGGAAGCUAUUUCAGAUCAUGAAGUCAAGCUUGAGAAUGCUAAAGAUAUGUGUGACACAGUUUUGAAGAAAGCCAAGAACUUGCGUGAACAUCACAAAACUUUUAUUGGCGGUCACUAUAGUGAAGUGGAAAAGGAAAUCUCCAAGGCUCAGGACAGAGUUAUCAUGAAAACCCAAGAGCAAGAUGUGUCCGUUGUUGAAACAUACUUUCAGUCCCUGGUCCUUGACAGCUCUGAAGAAACCAUCUGAAGCUCACUGUAGGAUGCGCAGGGAGCAUUAGCCUUGCUAAGAGGAUGUUAGUAGUAGUCAGUGCUCCCUUCUCUUUACUUUGUUUGUUACGAAUAAGAUGGAUUCUGUCAACCAUUAAGUGAACCCCAGCAGUUCUGUGAGUAGCAACAGUUAAGUGUGGAACCUUCACAACAGCAAGGAAGACAUAUUCUCCCUAGCCGUGGCAUUUUAUAUUUGGAAGCAGAUGUCAUUUGAUUUGUAUGGUUGGCUUCUUUGGUUCUCUGUCACUUCCCAGAAGCGAUGUUACCUUACUUAGUCCAGGAAGAAGUAAAUAAA